AUGGACCCGAACGUCCGUGAUCUUAGCGGGCUGGGGCUGAAAUUUUUGGCCCCCGAGGAGGCCUACAACGAUAAGGCCGCGGAGCAGCGCGCGAACCCGCGCGCCAUGUCUGAUUUCAAGGUCGUGAUCGUUGGAGGGAGCAUUGGCGGGUUGACACUUGCCAAGACCCUCGAGCUCUACGGCAUCGACUAUGUCCUCCUCGAAAAGUCCCCGGAGAUCGGGCCCCAACUAGGCGCGAGCGUAGGCAUCCAGCCUCACGCCUCCAAGAUCCUGGACCAGCUGGGUAUUCUCGAGCAAGUGAAGUCCAAAGCGCACCCGAUCUACGAGGAUCGCAUCUUUGGUCCGGAUGGAAAGCGCCUACGAGCCCCGCAUGGCAUCAACGGGUUGUACUAUGGCCUCUCUGGGUAUCCCCUCAUGUAUCUCGAUCUUCAGCAGCUUCAGCUGGUCCUCUAUCACAGCAUCGAGGACCAGUCAAAGAUCCACGUGAACAGCGACGUUGACAGAAUCGAACAACUGGAUGGUUUCGUGCGUGUUAUCACCAAGAGCGGGGAAAGCUUCAGGGGCGACAUCGUGGUUGGAGCAGACGGAGUGUACAGCCAGGUCAGGGAGGAGAUGUGGAGAAUUGCCGACAAAGAGACGGGCGGAAGUCACUGUGUUCCUCUGAGAAACUCAAUUACCUGCUCCUACAAGUGCAUCUUUGGUAUGUCCGAGCGUCCUCAGGGAACCCCCAACAAUGCGACUUUCUAUACGUUCCAUGAUCAACACUCGUAUUUCUGCAUUUCCGGGCCCGAGGGCAAGAUCUACUGGUUCGCUUUCUUCAAGAACGACAAAACCACGGUAGACCGGGAUAUCCCGUAUUACAAGGCUGACGACGCACGGGAACAAGCUCUCAAGCAUGUCAAUGAGCCUCUCUUCAACGGCCUUCGGUUCGGGGAUCUGAUCACUCGCCAAAGUACCGCGACCAUGGUUCCUGUGGAAGAAUUUGUCCUGGAUACAAAUUUCUAUAAGCGAGCAAUUUUAAUAGGCGACUCUUUCCACAAAUUGAACCCAUUGACAGGCCAAGGAGCCGCCUGCGCGAUAGAAACAGCUACCCUGCUGGCCGACCACUUGAAAGAGGCCCUGGAUGAGGGCGCAACGCCCAACGACGAUAAAAUCUACAGCAUGUUCUCGCAAAUCCUUGCCCAGCAAAAACCACGGACAACCAAGCUUCUGGAGAAGACGAAGAAAUUGCAACGACUGCAUGCUCUCGAAAAUUCAGUCCUGCGGUAUAUUCAGUUGAAACUUCUUCAUCGCUUGGGCCCAGAGCAUCUCUCGACGCUAUACGUUACCAGGACAACCCCUGGACGCAAGGUGAAAUACCUGCCAGAGACCUUCAGAAGUGGAGCGGCAUUGGCCGAUGAAGACGUGGUUGCGAAUCCGAGUGAACGACGCCCGUCAGCCACAAAGCUUUGGAUGGGAUUGAUGCUCCUGAUCGCUUUACUCGGCCCUGGCGCGAAAUUCACUCUCCGGGCUCAGCGUGCUUCGGAUCCUAACGAGUCGCGAGUGCUACAGACUUACCUCAUUGUCUUAUCCAUCGCUACUAAUAGCAUAUUUGUGCUCGAGUCGCAUCGACCGGGUCGUUGGAUGACUAUUCUGCUUUGGAGUGCAAUCCCCUAUUCCAUGCUAUCAACUUAUACAUUUGGAUGGACAUUCUAUGCUCCUCUCUAUUUCGCCAUCUUCAUUGCCCUCAGUGCAGUGCAGGAGUUUUACUACCCCUCUCCACGCGCCAUUAGCCCUUCAACUGCGGCCGCUCUUCCUUACGCUCUGCUGGUCUCAUAUGGACCGCUCAUGGCUCGGGCUCUAUGGACAUUACUCACCAAGCCCGAAGGAGACGGCAUCAGUAACGGCUGGGAUACCAAUCUGAGCCACCUCAGCUUCCCGUUCCUGGUCAACGGCAUCGGGGACAUGAUGAUGGGCGACCCGCUCAAAAUCAGUCAGUUACAGUUUGACUUUAGGGACAUGGACUGCCUUUCGCAGUUUUACAAUGUGUUGUUUCUGGCUGCUAGCGCUGGCCACGUGAUGCUGAUCAGCCAGUUCAUUCCGUAUAUCACCACUGUCCCGAUCGCAGACUUGAGUCUCAGUCUGUGCGCGGAAUGGGUGGAAAUCGGAUGUCUGACCUUGGCGGUGGUUGCUUGGAGUCUUUUCACUGUGUGGGACAUGCAACGGGUCAACUUGACUCAGGUCUCUCUGCUGAAGGCAUUCCUCGGCGCUGUUGUGGGCUCUGUGCUUAUAGGCCCUGCGGCUGUGCUUACGGGACUUUGGUGGUGGCGCGAGUAUCCUCUUGAGCGAGGCAGAAAUAAGCCUGCACAAGAGGUGGAGCCCAAGCCUGAGCAGAAACCUGAGGUCCGGGCUUAA